AUGCUGAUCACAAAGAUUGACGGCGUGCAAGAUAGCAGCUAUUUAAGAGAGCUAAAUCGUUCGUCUAUUUCUUCUGGUGGAGUAAACAACUUGUCAAUUGGUUGCAACACUUUACUUACCGGGACAGGAGAACAGGCUGAGCAAAUCAAUGGAGAGAAAGAUGUCGAUGAUCAAGAACAGGUGCUUGACCUAAACCAGACGCUGACAGCAACAGCUGUUUUGCAACCACAAAACACUGUCUGCUAUGAUGAUCUGGGCUGCAUCACGCGUUUUUCAUUUGCCGACCCGUUUCUCUGGCCGAUAAAUUUAUUGCCUGAAGCAAGAGAAAAGAUCAAUACUCAUUUCGUACUCUACACCAGAGAAAUGCCGAAUCCACAGCCUCUCGUUCGAAUAUCAGCUGAUGACCCAAAUGGUAUUUCUGCAACGACGUUUAAAGCGACUCGGCCCACAAAAUUCUUAGUCCAUGGCUGGAAAAAUACUGGCUAUGACGACCUCAUCCAGGAAUUUAAACAAAGCCUGUUGAAAAAAGGCGAUUUCAAUGUUAUUGGAGUCCACUGGGAUGGAGGUUCCGCCGGUUCUUAUUUCCAAGCGCACGCCAAUACUCGUCUAGUUGGUCUGGAAAUUGCUCUACUUGUCAACAAGAUGGUGGAGAAACUCAGUGUAAAGGCAACCGACGUUCAUUUAAUUGGCCAUAGUCUAGGUGCACAUGUUUCAGGCUAUGCCGGAGAAAAGAUUCCUAAUUUGGGACAAAUCACAGGGCUGGAUUCUGCCGGACCAUAUUUCCAGGGAAUGCCCUCGUUUGCUCGUCUAGAUUACACAGACGCUCAAUUUGUUGACGCCGUGCACAGCGACGGUGGUUUCAUAGGUAUGAACGAACCUGUGGGUCAUGUAGAUUUCUAUCCUAACGGUGGUCAAAACCAGCCCGGUUGCCUAUCUUCCGAGUGGUCAGACUUUUGUCAUCCACUUGCAGUCUUAUCAGAGAUCACUGCGUGCGAUCAUUUGCGUGCAGUUUAUUACUACAGCUCAUCUCUAAUGGAUACCUGUCAAACUGUUGGAUACGAAUGCUCUGAUUAUCACACCUACAAAAGCGGCAAGUGCACAUCAUGUGGAUCAGACAAUACCAGGUGUGCUCCAUUUGGACUUGAUGCAAUUAGGUAUCCAUCGCGAGCCCGGGUUCAUGUUAAACUUUAUUUUAACACUGGCAAAAAGUUUCCUUAUUGCGAAUUCCAGUACGUCGUUUCCCUUAAAUUGGCUAAACCUGGUGUUGCCAAACCGACGACCAACGGUUUAAUCCGAUUGUCUUUAAUCGGAGAAACAGACUACCACCCAGAUUUUUUGCUGCUGGUCACGGUUUUGGAGCAUGGGAAAGAUCACCAGUUUCUUGUGAGUUCCUCAUCUAGUCUAGGUCCAAUCAAAAGGGUCGUUCUUCAUUGGAAAUACAUCCAUUCAGAUUUGCUAGAUCCUAGUUGCUAUUUAGGGAUGUGCAAUAAAAGACUGUACGUCAACAGCAUCACCGUAUCCUUGCUCAACAGUUAUCCUGAAGCGAACAAAAUGGCCAACACUUUUGUGAAUUGUCCACGUAAUCCACCCGGAGCCAUCUCUAGUUUUCAUAGCAUGGUAUUCAGUACUAAAAACAGUUGCUCUUCAACUUUUCAGCUUCUAAACGUCAUCUGGAGUGCUAAGCCUGGGAUUUUUAGUAACCAUAGAAGUUUCACGGCGAGUUAAAUUAAAUAAUAACAAAUUUAAACAUCUUACCUUCAAGCUGAAAAAGCGUUACUGAAGCGCAAUGAGGAAGAAUUUUUGUGGGCUAAAAAUUCAAAAUAAAAGCGUUGGCUUUCAUCCGGAAUUUAAAGAAAUUCUUUUCAGUACAUUUUGCCUCCCAGCGGUUAAACUAACCCCAUGAUGUUUUUUACAGCAAGAAAAAGUUAUUAUUCUAUUUUAGUUGUGAAAAAAAAAUGUUUGAUUCACUUAGAAAAGUUUUUUACCUACAAUACUUCAGCCUUUCCAUGCCCGAAAUAGAUCCUGCAAAAUAAAUGGAAGCCAAUUGGCACUGCAUUGAUGACAAGCUCCAUGACCAUCCUCCGCAACAUCCUCAACGGUAGACAAAAUUAGGUUGUACGAUGGAGAAUCAAAUUCUA